GACCAGGCUGGAGCGCAGGAUGCACCGGAGGACGCAGCCAAGGCCUCUCAAGAUCGCGAGUCGGAUACAGAGGUGGCAGAUCCCGACACGGAUACGGAGGCCAACAACAUUCGGCAGUCCCCCCGAUCCCCGACGGUGGUGAGGGACGUCCGUGAUCUCGAGACUGCCAUGGACAAGGACAAGGAGGACCUUGAGGUCCGUCGGCCGCCUGCAGACGGCUCUAGUCAAGAUGGCGCGCAAGCUGCUGAGGCCGAGGAGAAGGACAGUGCUGUUCCGAAGAGGCGGAAGAAGAAGGAUGGAAAGACGGAGAAGAAGCGCAAGAAGAAGGGGAAGAGUGGACAGGCUGCGAAGGAGGAAACUGAAGUGGAGGAGAAAGCAGAAGAAGAUCGACCGCAACCUCAGGAGGCACCAAAGAGUCCCGAGGAACAGAGCCCGGCGAGGGAGCAAGAACUGCCGGAGCAGCAAGAGCAAGAGGAGAAGAAGAAAAAGAAAAGGAAACGGAAAAAAGACAAGGACAGUACCUUGUUAGCUCAGGCUGCGAAGGAAGAAACUGAAGUGGAGGAGAAAGCAGAAGAAGAUCGACCGGAACCUCAGGAGGCACCAAAGAGUCCCGAGGAACAGAGCCCGGCGAGGGAGCAAGAACAGCCGGAGCAGCAAGAGCCAGAGGAGAAGAAGAAAAAAAAGAGGAAACGGAAGAAAGACAAAGAUGGGAAGAAGGAGGCGAAGGACAAGUCCGAGUGCCGUGAGCGCGAGCAGUCCGAGGAGGCUGAGAAGCCCAGCAAGCCGACCAAGGCUGCAUUGCUGGAGGCGGGGGCGCCGCGCCCAAAAGCAGCUUCUCGGCGCAUGAUGCUCGGUGCUUUGGACGGACGGCGUGAGGAGGCCAAGGGCUCAGCGGACGAUGUGAAGACGGAGUCUGCGCCGGAGGAUGGCGACCGUCAGGCAUCUGCUCAUCUUCUACAGGCUGCGGAAGGUGCUGGAGAGCCAGGUCCGAAAGAAUCGACGGAACCGAAGGAGGAGAAGGGCUCCGAGUUGGCAAAGUCUGAGGAUGAGAAGCCGGCCUCCAGCAAGGCCUCCUCCGGAAAGGCGCCUUCAGAGGCCCCGGCAUCUCCCCAGGCAUCUCCCCAGGACCCUGGCACAUCGUCGGCAGAGGGAAAGGAGGAUGAGCAAACGGAUGUGAAGAAGGAGGCACAGGAGGAUUCCCCCAAGGAUGCGAGGCUGCGGAAGCUCAUACGUGGAGUCUACGAGAGGAAGAAUCCAGAGAAGCUUGCCGACUUGGACGACCUCUUGGCAAAGUAUGCCGACAAGCUCGAGCAGGCUUAUGAGUAUGUCUGCAACAAGUACGGCGAGACCAAGGAGGAUCUGGAUUCGAUGGAGCCGCCGCUCACGGUCUUC